AUGUCACAUUCAACGACACCUCAGCGACCAGAUCCUGUCUGGGGCAUCGAUAAUGACAUCAAGGUGUGGAACCUGAGGCAGAAUAAGCUGGUCUACAGUAUGCAUGGUCAUGGUGAUUCUCUGACUGGACUCAGCCUGAGCUCAGAGGGGUCCUACCUCCUCUCAAACUCCAUGGACAACACAGUGCGUAUUUGGGACGUCCGUCCGUUUGCUCCCAAGGAGAGGUGUGUGAAGAUAUUCCAGGGGAACAUUCACAACUUUGAGAAGAACCUUCUGAGGUGUUCCUGGUCCGCUGACGGCAGCAAGAUUGCAGCAGGCUCAGCCGACAGGUUUGUAUAUGUGUGGGACACCACGUCUCGUAGGAUCCUGUACAAGCUGCCAGGCCAUGCUGGGUCAGUCAAUGAGGUCGCCUUCCACCCUGAGGAGCCUAUUGUCCUCUCUGGUGCCAGUGACAAGAGACUCUACAUGGGAGAGAUUCAGUAGGUGUGUGUGU